AUGACGUUCAUCAAGGCUCUCAUCCCUCUUGCGCUUUACCUUGCUGGAGCGCAGGCUAAGUCUUGCUCUGCUGGUGGUAAACCCACUGCUGAGUUUUGCUCAAAGGAUCUUCCUCUGUCAUGUCACAACACCACUGCUGUUGAAGACACUUGCUGCUUUAUUCCCGCUGGCCAGCUUCUUCAGACUCAAUUCUGGGACAGUGACCCUGUAGCUGGACCUCAUGACUCAUGGACCAUUCACGGUCUCUGGCCUGAUUACUGCGACGGCACAUAUCCCCAGUUCUGCGACAAGUCCCGGGAGUACACCAACAUCAAGGACCUUGUAACAAAGUUCCUCGGCAAAAAGACCGUGUCUUACAUGGACAAGUACUGGGUCAGCCAAGACGGCAAUGACGAAUCCCUCUGGGAGCACGAGUUCAACAAGCACGGCACAUGUAUCAGCACCCUCGAGCCAAGCUGCUACACCAACUACGAGACCGGCGCCGAAGCUGCUGAUUACGUCAAGAAGACUAUCUCCUUGUUCAAGACUCUUCCUACGUACAAGUGGCUCGCUGAGGCUGGUAUCAAGCCUUCCAAGACAAAGACUUACACUGCUGAUGAGAUUGUGGAUGCUUUGGCUGAACACCAUGGUGCUCGUGUGACCAUCGGAUGCUCCAAUGGCUCAUUGAGUGAGGUUUGGUAUCAUUUCAAUGUUCAGGGUUCGCUUCAGGAUGGCCAGUUUGUGGCCAGUGAGCCUGAUGGAAGCAAGAGUUCUUGCCCGGACAGCGGUAUCAAGUACGCCCCUAAGAAGUAA